CUCUGGUUCCGUAUCAUAAUUAUAUAAAUUUUUGUUUUAGGUGUUAUAACUAUGGAACUUCUAGACUUGAGGAUACCUAGCCACGCAAUACGGAACCAAAGUGUCAAAUUGGAAUGUCACUACGAUCUGGAAGGAGAGACGCUCUACUCGGUAAAAUGGUACAAAGACGGCAACGAGUUUUACAGAUAUGUUCCCCGGAAUAUGCCGCCUUCUCAAAUUUUUACUUUGCCCGGAGUAACGGUUGACUUACACAACUCUACACAAAAUGCUGUAGUUUUGUCUUCGCUGCAGCUGUCCUCCACUGGAUUGUAUCGAUGCGAAGUCUCCGGAGAAGCACCUUAUUUUGAAACUGUCACCGAUAGCGCAUAUAUGACAGUCGUCGCUUUACCAGAAGCAGGUCCCAAAAUAACUGGUGGAAAACCAAGAUAUCAAGCAGGCGAUACAGUCAGUGUGAAUUGCACUUCGGGCAGAUCAAAGCCUGCAGCCCAAUUAAACUGGAUGAUAAACGGUGAACCCGCCGAACCGAAGUACCUACGCGGUCCCGAAAUAUUUGUCACGGGAAGAGAAGGUCUGGAAACAACAAUUUUAGGUCUGGAGUUCGUAGCUAGGCACAAGCAUUUCAAAAGGGGCAACAUGAAGCUGAAGUGUUUGGCCACUAUCGCUACCGUUUAUUUAGUGAGCAACGAGGAAAGCAUGGAGGGCGAGAGGCCCCAGAAGGGUCUGGUGCUCGAAAGCAGGGGCACAGUGUCGCCUCCCGGUGGGUCUAGAGCGGAUCGCGUGCACACCUCAAGUACCACAUCGUCAUCCGGAUCGAUAACAGCAUCGCUCACCGUAACAAUGAUUACUGCAUGGUCCUACUUAAUUAGGAUAUUUUAAGUAUGUGUCUAAUAUAUGUAAAUUAAAUUUAGAAGGGAAGUAUGAAGCCAAAGACUUUUCCAAAUAUGUCUAUUAUAAUCUUUAAUACUACAGCUGAUAUGUUUUAAAUAUGUGUACAUUCCUUGCUCAUGUAUAUUAUUAUUACUAAGUAACCAUUUUUUUAAUUCAAUUAAAUGGCAUUAAAUUUUGCUGUAAAACGCUUACUCCACUACUGGCGAAGUAACCCUAGGUUGUUCGAAGUCGAAUAUUGUGGUGCGUUGUCUUAUGUUUUCUCGUUCAACUUUCUCGUCUUGGGUUAUCUUCAAAGUCCACAGUAUUGACGAAAUUGCUCAAGAUUGACUGGGAACGAUAGCGGAAUGUUUAAUUUUGGGUUAGUUUGAUCAAUUUUCCUUCGUCUUGAGCGACUGCAGGUGUCUUCUUUUGAGAGCAGGUCAAUAGAAAUCAAUAAGCUAGAGGGUUCUAAAAUACUUGAUACAACUAUAUUUUUAUACAAGACUAUAAUGGUAUUUUAUAGUCGACCGAUAAGAUUAAUUCACUAGAUACAAUAGUACUUUAACCGAAAGGGUAGAUUAAAUGAUACGUUAACAGCGCGGAUAGGUUAAACACUUUAUUUCUUCUCGCACGUUUUUUAAUUGCUUCCAUUUUUGAAU